AUAAAUAUACUUGUAUUCACAAAAGUACACUAUCUUUUUUUUUUUGGUAAUAAAAAAAAAGUACACUAUCUUUUAGAUCACAUAUUAAUUAAUUAGAAUAUGCUACAAGAUCUCGAGAUUCACUGUGUCACGUUAGCUAGUUAGCACAUGUCACGCUAACUUUACAGAUAGACAUAGGUAUGGUACGAUUUAGUUACGUCACGGUUUAUUAAAUAGUGACAAAUCGUCAUUUCAUGCUUGCACUAUUACGCGUUACGAUACAAAACUGAGAUGUUGACAUCGUUGCAUUCACCAUAUUUUCCACGUUACUCUAGAGUCUAGACUAUUCCAUCUAUUUUCAACAAUCUUGAUUUGAUUCAUUAACAACACUUGGGAGCAUCAAAAGAACUUAUAGGCCUGAUGUUUUUGUGAAUCCUCGAGGUCUAAGGAAGUGGCAAAUGUCUUAUAUGCAGGAUUGACUCUGGUCUUAUAGUGGAGUGACUGAGCAGACGCUCGAGGCCGAAAAUUCAGAAGGCAAUAUAUCUUGGUGAUCCUGACAAAACGAAACUCUAUAUAUGAGGCUUCAAGCAGUAGAAGCUGACAAGGAAUCAAUGAAACGCAGGCUUCUUUCAAUGAGAACCGAGAAGGCACAAAUGAUUGUACCACCCCGACCGUCUACGGUUAAUGGGUCACCCACGUCCGCUCUCUCGGCAUGUAGGCCUCAUUCCAUCUAACGAGUAGUGCGUUAAUUUUUCUAAGUUCCGGAAGUUUUGUUUACUAAUCAUGCAAUCACCAUCUGAUCUUUCCUCGUGCUUUGGCUUCGGUAUCGCGAAUCACUUCUUGAUAUGUCACACAUACUUUCAAUACUCUAUCCCAAACACGCUUAACCCUAGAAUUCUAAACGGAUGUGUGACGGAAAAUGUAAGUCAACUGGUGACAUAGGUAGCCAAAUCAAUUCUUUUAAGCCUUUCCACAUAUACCAGAAAUCGGAAUGUUAUAAUUCACCCCACUCACAGAGCGCAGCGCUCCCGUUGCGCACCACGACAAGUCUCAAGACGCCUUUCAGAUCAGAACCGACAUGGCUAACCAGAUUUGAUACUACUUGUAACGUCCAUGCCAUCUACGGCUAAUAGGCGACCCACACCCGUUCUCUCGGCCCGUAGGUCUCAUUCCAUCUAACGAGCGAUGCAUUAAUUUAUUCAAAGUCCGAAAGUCUUGUUUACUCACCAUGCGAUCACCAUCCGACUUAUUUCCGUGCUUUGGCCUCACUCGCACGGUAUCACGAAUCACUUUCCAAUAGAUCAUCCAUCCUUUCAAUACUCUAGUCCAAUCACGCUUAACCCUGAAGUUCUAAACGAAUGGGUAAUGGAAAAGAUAAAUCAACUUUGGUGACAUAAAUAGCCAAAAUAAUUCUCUUAAGCCUUUUCAUAUAUAUCAAGAAAUCGGGAUGUUACAAUUGAUAUUUUUGAAAGAAAUUGCUCAACAUUUUUCAAAAGAAGUUUUCCCUCAAUGGAGGUUGCCUCUACGGAAAGCAUCCACUACUGGGCCAUUGACUUUCACGUCACGCCAGUCUUUAAGGUGAAUCUUUAUCCCAAUUCUUGGGUUUUCAUCUAUUCUUUAUUAAGACAAAACAUAGUGAUAGGAACAAUCUUCAUUUAAAGGUGUGUCUCACUCUCUAACUUGUUCUUUUGAUUAUUAUUCCUAUGCAGUGGAUCAUAUCUUUUGUUUCAUUGAAAAUUAAGGCUCGUCGAAGCAAGUAAGUAUUUUGUAAACAAACUUUGUUUAGUUUCUGUGCUACAUAAAAAUUUGUUUGAGAAAAUACUUGAAAACAUUUAAUCAUAAAAGUACUUGAUACAAAGACGAAGUUGAUCUCUUACACUAGAAUCUCCACUUAGAUUACUCCAAACACAGAGACAUUGUUUUGUUUUGAUAGUUAGAAGUUACUGUUGGUAUCUAAGGAGGUGAUUUUGAAACCUAGAUUCACCUAUGUUCCAAUGAAAAUGUGUAGGUGCAUGUGUGGGAUGUCAGCAAACAACAUGAGCCUACAAAUGCUUCUAGAAAAGGUCUCUCGAUCACGGCAAUGGAGAUGUCUCAGGAGCACGCAAGUGUGAAACAUAUCCAAUCCAUUCAUGCAAACAAAAUAAUUCUCCUGACUCUAGAAUUCCAAGCAUAUGUACAUCAAAUACAAAUGGAUUAGAUUUCGAAAAUUGUUACUAAGAGGUCUGUAUUAAGAAUGGGGGUUGAAAUGGAAUAAUGGUUCAUUAGUGUGUGUUAGAUCACUCGCUAGACUUACCAUACCACUCAAUGUUUAAAUCAACAUAUUGCAUAUUACAAAAAAAACUCUAAGUACGUGUUUACCAUCUAAAUUCUACGGAGUAUAUUCAAUUUAAUUAGAAUUUAAAAUCUUCUUUUCAGGGAGUUUUAAAUUGAUUUUAGGUGAACAGUGAACUCAGAAUUCACACUGAUUUUUGUUAAAGUUUUAUCUAAAAAUAUGAAAUUUAGAUUUGUAUUUUUAACUAAAAAACUCUAUCAAAGCACUCAAAAUUAAUUAAAAUAAUUUUAGAAUUCAGGUCCUAAAGUAUUUUCAAUAACAUUGAAUUUCAAAAUACUUAAUCAAACAAAAUAACACUGAAUUUUUUUUUUUUUUUAAACUAUAUUUGAAUAACACUGAAUUUUUCAUUUCAAUACAAACUAUUUCAUUCAAUUUAAUACACCCAUACAUUUAGAAUUUGACUAGUUCAAACGACUGAUCUUAAAAUUAUUACAAGGGUUGUCCUAACAUUCGAUUCUCAAUCGUCAGGCGCAUACAGCCACAAGUGGUCGGAGUUGGACCAAAAACCCCACGUGAAUGGUGGAAUAAAUACCUAUCUAUGUGGUCCAAUAAAGACUAUCGAGUCUCGUUAUCUGUCGUAUAGUUAAAAACAAAGUGACUCAAUUGCAUGCACUUUCAGAAUGUUCUACAUGUACCUUAUACAAGUCAGUCAUAUAUGAUGCGUACAUGUACCAGACAACCGAUUAUUAGGGAUAAAUGUCCCACAUCGGAUAUUGGAAAGGAUCCUUAUCAAUAUAUAAGAUGGAUGGGCCACUCCACUUAGCACCAAUUGGUUUUAGGUUAGAAGCCCAUCUAGCUUAACAUGGUAUCAGAGCCCGAUCCACGCAGUCCAAUCCGAUCCAUUAUCGAUCCAGCCCAAAGUCGGCCCAUCGAUCCUUGCCCGAAUAUUCCGAGAUUGACGCUCAAAGAGCCAUCAUCUCGAAGGGGCGUAUUAGGGAUAAAUGUCCCACAUCGGAUAUUGGAAGGGAUCCUUAGCAAUAUAUAAGAUGGAUGGGCCACUCCACUUAGCACCAAUUGGUUUUAGGUUAGAAGCCCAUUUAGCUUAACACCGAUAAUAGUCACGAGUGUUCGUGAGCCACGGUUCGACACCAACGCAAAUUCUUGAUGUUGACGUUUUCUUGUAACUUGUGAAAGAAGAUACAAUGUAUAUAAUAUUGCAGCCUUUUUUACGUUUUCCACGACGAACGUAAAAUCUAAAACUUCUUGUUCUAUGAUAUUUGCAAUCGUCAUGCUCAGUUUUUUUUUAACAGAAUAUAGAAUAUGAAGAAUUUAAGGAAUGGACUUCUACGUUUUAGAAAAGUCAACUCUGUUAUUUUGUUGCUAUAUAUUUAAAUUGUUGACGUUAAAGUUAAACAAACAUAAAAUUUCUGUGAGUUUUAAUAGAUUUUUUAAAAAAAUAUUAAAUAUAUAACUAUAACUUGAUAAAUGAUAAUAGCUUUAGAAACCCAAAACACUUUCUAUUUUUUCGAUUCAAGCACUUUCUAAUCUUUUCGGUUUUCUUUUAACUUGCCUAGGUUCAGCUCAAUCACACGUUUCGUCUAGCGAGCGAGUUUCCGAACAAUCAUAGUAGGUUAGUGUAUUUGCAAAACAUGUUACAUAUUGCAGCAAUAAAAUAAUGGCAAUAGCCUAAACACAUAUAUAAAACUAGGAAAGAGCAUAUAGAAAAGAUGUAACUAAUUCAAACUAUAACAUCCAUGAUUGCAUUGAAAACUAAUGCACGUGUAUGUUUGAUAGUGAAUAUUCUUGUUUGUGGAAUUCAAAGUUCGACAAAGUCUGUCCUCAAGUAAACGCAGCCGCCACCUCUUACCUUCCACCACCACCACUUGUGAUACAUCAUUAUGGAUAUUUAUAUACACACAAUGUAAUACAAAACCAUACGUUAAUUUUUAAAUGGAUCAUGAAGAUGAGGAGAUAGAGAUCCCUAAUUACUUCAUCUGCCCAAUUUCACUAGACAUUAUGAAAGAUCCAGUCAUAGCCGUUUCUGGCAUCACUUACGACCGUGAAAGCAUAGAUAAAUGGCUUGAGAAGGUCUCUUCUUGUCCCGUGACGAAGCAGCCUCUUUCUUCUGACUCCGACCUUACGCCUAACCAUACGCUUCGCCGUCUUAUCCAACAUUGGUGCGUGGAGAAUGCGACGCUUGGUGUUGUUAGAAUCCCUACGCCUAGAAUUCCUCCGGGGAAGCCUAACGUAGUCGAGGAGAUCAAAAAUCUCAAAAAGUUUGGAGACGAAGCAUUAGCAAGAGAAGAUACGUUGAGGAAGCUAGAAGUUUUGGCUAUGGAGGGAGAGACAAAUAGGAGACUGAUGCAUGAAGGAGGCGUACAUAGGUUAUUGAUAUUGUUCGUAGUCAAGUGUACCCGUAAAGAAGAAGAAGAAGAAGAGGCACAACGUCGUAUCAAAGUGCAGCUAGAUGAGUCUUUACGUCUUCUUCACAUGAUCGGUGUUCCAUUAAACGACGCAAGAACAAUCUUGAUGGAAAACGAUCAGAUCUUGGAAUCAUUGAGUUUGGUUCUAAACCAACAAAACUUCCUCAACAAAGCUUACACAAUCGUGCUUUUGAGGAAUCUAACUGAAAACACUUCCUCUCAUAUCGUGGAGAGAUUGAAUCCCGAGAUUUUAAAAGGGAUCAUAGGUUUCCUCAAGGAAGUAGUAAGUAGUUUCAACCGAACUAGCCCUAACGUGAGUGACACGGCGCAGUCAUCAAACCCUAGAGUGAGAAACAAGGUACAUUCAAAACUUGAUUAUAACUUGGUUAUUAAACAAGCUGUGACCGCCGCGCUGAUGAUUCUUCUAGAGACCUCUUCGUGGAGCCGCAACAAACACAUCCUUAUUGAACUCGGUGCUGUUUCCCAACUCAUCGAACUCGAGAUAAGCUCAACUGGCGAGAAGAGAGCCACGGAGCUUGUGUUAGGAGUCUUGUCUCGUCUAUGUUGUUGUACAAACGGUAGAGCCGAGAUUCUUGCUCAUGGAGGUGGACUCGCUAUAGUGACAAAACGGUUGUUUGGAGUUUCGAUUGCAGCUGACGAUAGAGCUCUCUUUAUCCUAAGCACGGUGUCUAAAUUGUCUCCGGAGAAGGCCGUGGUGGAAGAGAUGGUUUGCGUUGGGACGGUGGAGAAGCUUUGUACCGUUCUGAGAGUGGACUGUGGUUUGAGUUUGAAAGAGAAAGCUAAAGAGAUACUUAGUGAUCAUUUUGAUGAGUUGAAGAAGUUUCCAUGCAUUGACGUAAGAUUACUAACUAAGUUUAUAAGCUCUUCACACGAAGAUCUACUCGCCGAGUUUUACUCAAAACUUAAUGUUUAGCUUUUUCUCCUUUGUGUACUAAAUUAGAACAGGGGUACUAAUCAAUCUGCUGAACCAACGAAAGUACUGAUUCAAUGGCAACUUUUGCUAUCACCAAAAUGAUGAUGUAUAGUUUGGGCAUGCGGAUUCAGUUAGUACGGUUUAUUCAGUUAAUCUUAAUCUUGCCUAAUUAAUCCAAAACAAAGUUCGGUUCGCUAUUUUAUUAAUUCAGUUUUUGAAAUUUCCAGUAGACUUAACCGAAGGUUUUGAUUUCAUUACAAAUCGAGAUAAGUGCAGUUAAUUACUAUAAGCUCAGUUGAAAAUUUAAUUAGUUUGAUUCAGAUUUUUGAUUAGAGUGGGUAAUGGUUUGGUUACAAAUUUUUUUUGAAAAAAUAAAAAACUGUAACCAAUUACUGAACUAAGCCGAACCGAUAACCAUCCCUCUUAUCUAUCAAAUCAAGCCGGACUCUCAUCAGAAAUCGAAUCAAAAACCGAAAAAAAAUUCUCCAGUUCAGUUGGUUCGGAAAAAAACUACAGGCCAAUAUGUAGUUGAGAGAUACAUCGCCAGCUACUACAGUUUGAUUCAUCUCCGUCUUGAUCCAAUAAAGCAAAAGUAGUUUCUCAAGUGUAACAAAAACCCACACUGAAAUUUCAAUUUCAAAAAUUGUAUGGACAUAAGUCAAAUAAACACAAACACGAGACACUAGCUCCUUUUGAUUUCAAGACAAAAUUCAACAAAACUAAAAUUCAGAGAAGAAGCUUGCAAGUUUUGCCAUAAGACUAAAAAA